AUGGGUGAAAGCAAUCUCCGGUGGCUGGUGGGAAAUGGCCCCCAUGUGCUGUCAGAUGGUAUCUCGUUUGGAAUGCCGUGGUCGCGGGGUCUUUAUCAGCCCGGCCAGUCGUUUGUAAUUGAAGGAGACGGCACUCAAGUUCCCCUCGAUUGCCGCGAGAUCGCCUAUUGGGCCGAUGGCUCUCUGAAAUGGACUGCUCACUCUGUAAGUGGAAAUCUUGGCCAUUCGACGCAAUACCAGGUCAAGGGAGCCUCCUUCUCAGAAGAGCCAGUCCAGGGGGUUGCGGUCGAACAUCGCGGAUCAGCACCAUCGGUUACUUCCCAGCAGGGCCUCCGCUUGAGCUUUGCAACUCCAGGGGGCUCGUCUAUUCUUGAAAGCUUGGACAUAGACGGACGCAGGGUGUGUUCGGGCUGUACCGUCAUUGCAUCCAUCGAUACAAAGCCGUAUACCACACACGUGCAAACAGUCGAUGUUGAGAAUGCUACUUUCAGCCGAGUGGUGGUGAAAGUCUCCGGUAUUGUGCAGGCGGAGGGCAAGAAAUCUCAUCUUCCAUUUGAUGUUCGGUUCUAUAUUUACUCAAAUGCAUCGUCAAUCAAAGUUCUUCAUUCUUUCGUCCACGAUCUGGACCCCGACCAGCCUCUAACAUCUCUGGGGUUAAAGUUCACGGUCCCGUUGGAACAAACUGAACUGUAUAAUCGUCACAUACGCCUGGGAGGAUCCGGAGCAGGGGUUCUCAAAGAGGAAGUGCAGGGUCUCUCCGGAUUACGACAUGGACCGACAAUUCAAAACAGGAUCGAUCAAACAGCGGGCCGAGUUGUGACGCUCCGUGAGGACAACUGGAAAAGGACACAGCUUGCAAAAGGUCUCUCCUACAUUCCAGCCUGGGAUUCCUACUCUUUAUCGCAGCUUUCAUCCGACGGCUUCACCGUGAAGAAGCGAACUCGACCUGGCUGCUCUUGGGUCAAAGUCACUGGUGGGGGACGAGCAGACGGAACUGCCUAUAUUGGGUCCGCCUCCCAUGGAGGUUUGGCUGUUGGCAUGUCCGACUUUUGGGAACGUUAUCCGACACAGCUAGAUCUGGAUAAUUUGACCUCGGAGCUUGGAACAAUUACGGUUUGGUUAUACUCCCCGCUAGCGGAGCCCUUGGAGACGGCAUCGUAUCACAACGGGCUAGGAUUGGACUCGUAUGAAAAGCAGUUGGAAGCUCUGAACGUUACCUACGAGGACUUUGAGCCAGGGUUUGUGACAGCCAACGGAAUUGGCAGAACAAAUCAAAUCUUUCUCCGGCCAUUUCUCCAAACUCCUUCAAAUGAGGAGUUGGGCCAGUUUUCAGGGCUAAUUCGUGAUCCUCCUCGGCUAGUUGCAAGUGCAAUCCAUAUGCAUUCCGCUAAUGCUUUUCAUGGGUCAUGGGCUCCUAGCUCCCGAAUACUAGGCAGGAAGCCUAGCCCAAAGGAGGAGCAGAUUGAUAGUCAGCUCAACCUACUGUUCAGUUACUAUCGGAAACAGGUUGAGCAGCACAGAUGGUAUGGCUUCUGGGAUCAUGGUGAUGUUCAGCAUACCUAUGAUCCGUACCGUCACGCCUGGAGAUACGAUGUUGGUGGGUUUGCAUGGGACAACUCGGAGCUUUCAACGGAUCUCUGGCUAUGGCUUUAUUUCCUACACACCGGAAGAGCCGAUGUCUUCAAAAUGGCCGAGGCUAUGACUCGACACACUGGUGAGGUAGACGUGUAUCACGCUGGAAAAUUCAAAGGGUUCGGUACCCGACACGGCGUUCAGCAUUUCAGCGAUAGCUCUAAACAACUUCGCAUUUCAAAUGUACUAUACCGACGGAUCUACUUUUAUCUGACCGGAGACGAACGAACUGGAGAUUUGAUCUCUGAGCUUCAAGACUGCCAGAAUGCGCUAUUGGUGUUGGACUCGCAUCGCAAAGUGCAAGAGCAUGCCGAAAUACCUGACGGGUUUGCCAUGACCAACAUUGGGCUUGAUUGCGGUCCUCUUAUUGCUGCCUGGUUGACAGCAUGGGAACGACGCUCGGAAGGGUGGGCUCAUUCGAAAAAGUUGCUGAUCAAGUUACUCCAUGGCAUUUCUAGAUUGAAGCACGGCAUUGGGAACAACGCAAUUCUUUUGAAUCCCAGGAGCGGUGAAGUACGAGAAUGUCCUGCUCCGACACCUGAAUUCGCAAUUUCGCAUCUAUCGAUGCUUUUUGGAUUUCCGGAGAUCUUCUCGGAGCUUUUUCAUUUUGCUCGAGAGGAGGCCCCCGAAACUGUAGCUAUCUUUAUGAAAAAAUGGCUUGCAUACUGUCGAGCAUACAAUGGUGGACAGGCUGUUCAGCUUGCAGAAUUCGGGUUCGAAUUUCCGGCUCAUGCAACGUGGAGGCAAAGCCACUCUACCCUGACUGCCUUCGCGGCAAUCGAAGAAAAUAGCGCGGAGCUCGCAUAUGCCGCAUGGAACCAAUUUUUCAGCACGGACGGAUACACGGAGAAUCACGACUGGGGGAUCCAUAAAACUAGUCCUCCUGAAUAUUUCCGCGAAGGCGAGGAGGCUAUUUGGGUCAGCACAAAUGAAGCUGCGAGAUAUGGGGUCUCCGCAAUCUCGAACCUCGCCAGUAUUGGUAAAUAUUUGGUAUAA